GUAGUUACGACCCUAGAGAGUAUAAACGAGGUCGCUUCCUGCACUGACUCUAAGAAACGAAAGUCAUAAAGAGGGAAACAAGUGCACAUGGUUUGAGAGAGAGAGAGAUAGAGACCGACGGAGCAGCAGCGCAGAAACCAACCCAGCGCAUCAUGAGCCAGUGGAAGCAGAUUCAGCAGCUGGAGAUCAGACUCCUGGAACAUGUGGACUAUCUGUAUGAUGAUAACUUCCCCAUGGACAUCCGACAGGGUCUGGCCAGCUGGAUCGAGUCCCAGGAUUGGGACACAGCAGCUACCGAUGAUUCAAUGGCGACGGUGCUGUUCACCAACCUGCUGUCUCAGCUGGAUAGAGUGCGCUCACAUGAGCAGAACUUCCUACAAAGACACAACAUGAAAAUCAUCCAACAGCAGCUACAGGUGAAAUACGCAAGCAACCCUGCCAUUAUGGCCAAGGUGAUCUCCACCUGCCUCAGGGAAGAGCGCCGUAUCCUCUCCAGCGCCUGCACGCAGGAACAGGGUCCGCUGGAGAAAUCAUUGCAGAAUUCUGUGGCCUUCGAGCGGCAGAAGAGCAUGGAAAACAGAGUUGGGAUCAUCAGGGGCAGCGUGCAGUUGAUGGACCAGGCAGUGAAAUACAUCGAGGACAUGCAGGAUGACUUUGAUUUCCGCUACAAAACCCUACAGUCUCGAGACUCGACAGAUAGGAACUCUGACAUAAUGAAACAGGAAGUAACAAGACUGCAGGAAAUGCUCAACAGGCUCGACUUUAAAAGAAAGGAGAUCCUGUCAAAGAUGGAUGUUGUGGUCAAGGAGAUCGAUGACCUGAUGACCUCUCAGCUCAGCCCUGAGCUGCAGGACUGGAAGCGCAGGCAGCAGAUCGCCGCGAUCGGUGGUCCGCAGCUCACCGGCCUGGACCAGCUGCAGAGCUGGUUUACUCUGAUAGCCCAGAGUCUCUUCCAGAUCAAGCGUCAGCUGGACAAACUGGGGGAGCUGGUUGUGAAGGUCACCUACGAAAGUGACCCAAUCCCCCUGCAAAAACCUCAGAUGGAGGAGCGAGUCAAAUAUCUCAUCUACCACCUCAUCAAGAGCUCGUUUGUGGUGGAGAAGCAGCCCUGCAUGCCCACACAUCCGCAGAAACCCCUCAUCAUCAAGACCGGAGUACAGUUCACCACCAAAGUCAGACUCCUGGUUAAACUCCCAGAGGUGGAUUAUCAGCUGAAAGUGAAAACAACAUUUGACAAGGACCUCCCCCCUGGCAGAGUUCGUCAAUUUUUCAUCCUGACCAACAACACUAAAGUUAUGGACAUCGAGGACUACUCAAACGGCUGCCUCUCAGUGGAGUUUAGACACCUGCAGCUGAAAGAGAAGAAAUAUAUCAACGGCACAAAGGGAAAUGAGGGUCUACUUUCUGUGACAGAGGAACUUCACUCGCUCAGUUUUGAGGCUUGUUUCACAGUGCAGGGCCUCACCAUUGAUCUAGAGACGUGUUCUCUUCCUCUGGUGGUCAUUUCCAAUGUGAGCCAGCUGCCUGGAGGCUGGGCCUCUGUCAUGUGGUAUAACCUUCUGACUGAUGAGCCGAGGAACUUGGCGUUCUUUGGGAACCCACCUCGGGCCACCUGGAGCCAGCUCUCUGAGGUCCUCAGCUGGCAGUUCUCCACCUUUGCUGGUCGAGGCCUCAACAAGGAGCAGCUCACCAUGCUGGGAGAAAAGCUUCUCGGUCAGCAUGCUUCCUGCAAUGACUAUCAAGUGUCGUGGUCUAAGUUCUCGAAGGAGAACAUCCCAGGGAAGCCCUUUAGUUUCUGGAUGUGGUUGGACUCCAUCCUGGAGCUCAUCAAGAAGCACUUGCUGCCAGUCUGGAAUGAGAACUACAUCAUGGGCUUUGUGAGUAAAGAGAUGGAGCGCACCCUGCUGAAGGACAGAGAGCCGGGCACGUUCCUCCUACGCUUCAGCGAGAGCCACCUUGGAGGAAUCACGUUCACCUGGGUCGAGCACAACGACAACGGAGAGGUGAAGUUCAACUCUGUGGAGCCCUACACUAAAAACCGGCUCAGCGCUCUCCCGUUUGCCGACAUCAUACGAGACUACAAAGUGAUCUCAGACGGGGUCGUCCCGGAGAACCCGCUCAAGUUCCUCUACCCCGACAUCCCCAAAGAUGAGGCCUUCGGGCGGCUUUACAACAGCCAGCCAAGCAAAGUCCAUCCAUACAUAGCAUCUACCCUGAUCCCCAUCUCAGAAUUGCCCAAUAAUACAAGCAGCACAUCACCUUCUUGUCAGUCUCCUGAGCCACCAAUGACUCCUGGAGAGUUUGACAUGCUCAGCGAGCAGCUCUGCUUUGACAUCGACAGCAUGAGUUCUCCAUAUUCUGAGUAAAGCAAGAUGAUACACGCAACUUAUUUUCACGCUGGCCCGAUGCCACUUUCUGAUCUACAUCCCGAUUACAAUGAAGCAGAUUCUGCUGUGUUUAAAGAUGGUUUUGUGGUUAUAUCGGAUUCAUUGCCCGACCUGUUGUUUAUUGUUUUAUGUUUUAUAUAUUCAGAAUUGAUCUAAAAAGAAUGUGUCUGUUUUUAUUGUUGCUUUUGAGUUACUUAUAUUUUAACUGACUGGUUUUCUGUAAAGCCAGUAUUGUAUAUAAAACGAUUUAAACAUACAGACUGCAGUGUUGACAUUGCUACUUCAUUUCCGCAUCGGUGACAGCACCGUCUCUGCUGCCUUGUAGUUACGGAAAACAGUUGAAGUUGCAUGGUGGUUACGCAAUUCAACCUGUGUUGCAUGACUCACCCACAUCAUCACACAUUAAACCAUUCAAGUUUAGCUCUAGAGCUUUUAUUUUGGCAGCAGUGGGAAGUAAAGGCCUGCAAUACUACCUGCUUGAUACAUGCGCUUACUGUAUUUAUCGAGAAUCACGUGAUUCCUGGAGAGUUCAGUCUGAGUGGGUGGAUGUGUUUAUGUGUUUUCAAGUCACUGACCUUGAAUAACUUUCCAAAUGUACACUAUGCCAUUUAUUAAAACAGCAUUUUAUCAUUUAUUAUCCGUCCCAGCAAUCAGUGGGUUCUGCACUUAUUGCCCCCCUGGUCCUCACAAGGCCUUUGACACCUCUCUUUGUAUACACGGUGGGGAUGGGAGCGGGGAGGGUGGCUUCUGUUGAGGAAACUCUGCCCAGACCGCAUGACGUCAGGGGGCAGGUCGAAGAAGGAAAUGUGUCAAAAACACCAAAUUUAAAGGAGAAAAACAAUGCAGAAGUGAACAGUUGGCAGUUCAGCUUCAGGAAGACUGAGUCAGUAAGUAGUUGGAUUUAGC